CACCAUGACUACUACUUUAUUGUAAUCACCAUAACCGCUAGCCCAUUUAAAAUUUCUGAUUUCCUUUCCCUACUCAUGGUAGAUGGAUGAAAGUAGAUGAGCUAUCGACUCCUAGGUUUUGCAAAAAGACACACAUUUCACAAUCUUUUUCUAAAGAACGACACUACUUGUAUUUUUGGCAACUGAAACAAUUCCAUAAAAUAAUACAUAUAAAAACAAAUGUAUACGUACUUACAUUUAGGGUCACUUAGUUUCUGCAAAAGAUGGAUCAACUCGAGAGGCUAAUUGCUGGAUCAAACAUUGUUUCAAUAAUAUCAGCAAGAUCUCCGAAAUCUUUGGACAUUAACCUUGACCUUUCAGCUUCUUCAUCAACCCGUUGAAUUUCUUUUUGAUGAGAUGGACUUUUCAUUAGGUUGUUUCACAACAUAGUCUUACUAGCACAGGGCCUGGCCUGUUGGCCAGGAGAGUUUGAUUAUUAUGUAUGUGUUGUAACCGUUUAUAAUACGUUAUAGAAUCGAACUUAUCGAAGGAGAUGAAGUUGUCAACGAAAAGUUAGGAGUCAAUGACAAUCAACAACGAAUAACUGAUGGAAUUAAUGUCUUCUGCGACCUCCAAAUUUAAUUUGAAUUAUCUUCUAUUCCAUCCAGGGCAGGCCUGUGCUGGUGUAAUUAGUGGAGGCAGACCUUGAUACUUUUGUUUCAUUAUUGAAUACCCUUGGUGUAAUUCCAAGAUCCGCCCCUGACUGCACUCUUUGUUAAAGUUGUAAGUAAAUGUUUUGAUCUAUAUAGAUAUAAUGGUAGUCACAAACAAUAACCUUUGGAAUAUUCACUUAUUUUCCUAUACUAAGGGCAAUGAAACAAAGAUUAAAGUGAAACAUUAUGAAGUUGUAAAAAAACGUGACAGUAUUUGUUCAAUUCGAGAAAUAAAAUAAUUUCAAUUAUCUUCUUCCAAUAUGGUAAGAGAUUUUUAACUCUUCAUUCUUUGCAUCGCCCUAUCUUCUAUGUGGUCUGUUUUAGACAUCCUCAUUAUUUAUAUACAUUCUAAGACAAAUUAUACAUUGUUGUAAGGCAAUUUUCACAUUAUGAUAUGAGGGUUAGUGAAAACUUUGAAUCGUGCUCUAUAUACUUCAAAGCCUGCAAACUUCAGAUCCAUCACCCGUGUUCUAAUCAACAAUAAUGAUUUCUAUUGGGGAAAACACUACAACAACAUUCUAAAGGUUGAUUACAUAUGUAUCAUGGGAAACAACUCCAAUAAUCAACUAUAUAGUUUACUUAAGUAGCACACCUCAAUUAUAAAUAGACAAAGACCAUUUAGUUGCAUUCUAUAUAAGGUUAUAUAAAUUUUCUACUCUUUCUAUUAUAUUGUGACACAUUAUGCAUAGUUUGACAAUUUGUCUUGGUGUUUCUGAACUAUUUCGGCUAAACUCUCCCGGCCAACAGGCCAAGCCCAGUGCUAGUAAUAAUAAUAUUUUUAUUCAUUCGUAGAUGAAUAUAAUUUGUCCCGCCAUUUCACUAAUUUGUUUGAUAAUGUCCUCUCUCCCUCCCUUUCCCGAUCCCAACCAAAUGGCACACUACCAUCCAUUUCAAAAGUGCCUAAAAGGCCCAAAUGUAGAGGUGGAAUAUCAUUUCUGUUAAAUUGGCACGUAGUCACAAAAAUAAAUUUUUUAUAAAUGUAUCCUCUUGAACUCGAAAUUGAAAAUUAAACAAAGGGCAAAUCUUCAAGCAAAGUGAAAUUUUUUGGUUUGUUAUUGGUUUCCCAAUUAAACAAAAAAACCAAAAGUGGUGAGAACAAUUGUUUUAAAUCCCAUAUCAUAAACGAUGAAACGGUUAAAAUUAUCAUUUAACCAGAAAAAUAGAACCCCGAUAUCUCUCUAGGUCUCUCCUAAGCUAAAUACAUGUGAUGUCGUUGAAAGUUGAGUAGCUUGAUCAUAUUACACGUUUAAAUCAAUUGUUAAUAUUACAAAUUGCAAGAUUGGUCUACACUAUUAGUGAAAUCAAAGAAAAUAUUGUUAGGCUGGAAUAACUAAAUAAGUGAUGAAUGGUUUCAGUUGAGCUACAUACAACUUCAUUGGCCACCGGUCUCCACCUAAAACAAAAUUAAACAAUCCAAAUUCAACCCGCCCUGCAGCAACUUCGGAUUUCUACCGCUCCUUCAGACUUCGGUGAGGAAUUGAAACUAAUAGAGGGACAACAGACGGCCGACUCCAACGCCAACUUCGGACGCCAACUUCGGAUUUCUACCCCUUCCAAAUCCAUAUAAGGUACGAAGAGAUGUUGCCAUCCCGGGAAGUCGGGCUCGGCCUGCUAUCGUGUUAGCCCACGUAAGGUCCAAUUUAGUUGCUUCAUACGAGAAAAUCUUGGGUGGGACGGGAGUACCACAUUGGCAGUCAAGUCAUUAUCAAAGUCGAUUGAUUGUCAAACGCUUGUUUUCUCUCUUUUUAUCGCUAUAUUUUAUUUAAUCGAUAAAAAAAUAUUAUUUGUGUGUGUACUUCUUUACUUGUUCAUCAAAAUGAAAUUAUUAUUUAGGUUUUAGUGAAAUGGAUAGAAAAUUUACUUGAGAAGAUAUAAUAUAUUUUUUUAUUUUAACAAAUGCAAUAUAUGUCACUCACUGUUUUCAUUUUAUAUUUUUUUAAUUGACAUAAAUAUUAUUGCUUAUGUGUGUUUCCUUACAUUUUCAUCAAUAUGUAACUUAUUACUAAUGUUUAGUAAACAUGAGUAGAAGUAUUAAAAGAAGAGAGAGAUAGCAUCAUAAAUAGAUCAAUAAUUAUAUUUUUUGUUUGCAAAAAAAUUGUCCACCUUGGCAACUUGUGAAUUCUCCAAGUGCUUAUGUGGCAAGAAGUUACUUUUGAAUUGCCAUAAUAUAUAGUAUAGAUAGAUAGAUAGAUAGAUAUAGAUAGAUAGAUAGAUAGAUAUAGAUAGAUAUAGAUAGAUAUAGAUAGAUUGCACUUAGGUAAUUUAAUUCAUGAAAUUUUUUGCUUUAAAAAAUGGUGCCCAAAUAUCUAAGAAUGCCUCUUCCUCUCUAAGCACAAGAUUCUGAGUUAGAAACUAGUUUACAAAGAUUAAGAAAAGAAAACUACACCUAGCUAAUAACUUAAUUUAACUGACAACCCUCACCGAUCAAAUAUUUUCUCCACCGCCGCUGAUGCCUCCGGCCUCCGCUUGUAUUUUCUCUGCUUGUUUUCUCGCUUUCUUGGCCUUUAGCUCAGCCACCCUGGUUUUCAGCUUCUCAAUUGCCUCCAUCGCCUUCUUCUCCACCUCUGCCACCUUCUUCUCAGUCGCCUUCGCUGUUUUGGCCUUCUUUUCUUGCUCUUCCUUUACAACCUUCUUCAGGUCAUCCACCUUUGCCUUCUCUACCACCGUACUAUUAGACUCCAACUAUGCUUUCAGUCUGUCCCUAGAAUGCCUCGCGGCCAUGUCUUUUGCAUCCUGUUCGGCCUUGAGUUUGCAACAAGUAUGGCACGGAGAACCAUUAGUCUAAUAACAAUAACUAAGAUUAAGCCUUUGGCUAUCCCGGGUACUGAAGCCCCCAAUACCCACUCCCUCAAUAAGGAUCUUAAAUUCUAAACUAACUAUAACCUUAAAAUGUAGGUUAAGAUCACCAUAACAGUAUAUAACUUUUUACCAUUGAGAACCUCAUAUAUAUUGGACAUUUUUGUAAAGUCCGCUGAUACCUUGGAGUUUGACAUUGGCAAAUUGGUCAAUCCUCGGCACUAUACACAUACAACUCUGCAAUCAAUUUCACACAUACCAUAUUCAUUUUCCUUUGAGUUUGUGACCAUUCAUUAACAACCUCGUUAGCCUACUUAUAAUUCCCAAUUUCUUUUCCAAAUUCAUGGUAGAUGGAUAGAAGUAGAUGAGCCCUCAACUCGUAGAUCUACAAAAAACGACAUUUCUAUUUCUUUUAAAUAACAUGAUAAAACUACUUAUAUUAGUGGAAAACAAUAUAUAAAAGAACAAAUAUCUACUUACAUGUUAGGGUCAUGCAGCUUCUGCAAAAGAUAGAUCACCCCGAGAGUCGAGAGAACAACGGUUGGGAUUAAACAUUGUUUAAAUAACAUAAGCAAGAUAUUCAAAAUCUUUGGACAUUAACCUCGACUUGCAACUUCUUCAUCAACCCGUUGGAAUUUUUUUUUAUGAGAUGACAUUUCCAUUAGUUUGUUCCACAACAUAGUCUUAUUGCACUUUGAUCUAUUUUGCUUUCGUGUGUGGUGCUCAAACUUCUAAAAAUACUCAUUCCUCUCUCUCCCUCUUCGACGAGGAGGUGUUGCCUCCCCCUACCGAUCCUUCCUCUCUCCGUUCUUCCCCCCCCCCCCCCCCUCGCCCUUCCCUCCUCUAUCCGAUAAGGAGUUGUCCUUCAAUGCUUUGCUACGGUAACGAGGAGGAGCCAGCAAAGGAUUACAAAUUUGGUUUUUACAUAUUGAUAUUAAUUUCUUGUUUUAUUUUUCGAAGUGGUAUUAGAUAAACUAAACAGAGACAAUGAGAUUGAGAUAAAAAAAAUAGAUAUAGAGCUGUUGAAUAUCUAUGGAAGUGAGAGACAGGGAUAAAGAAUAUUUUAAUUAAUAUUUUUUUUUCUAACAUAGUCUUAUUGCACUCUAGUAAAUUGAUUCAUGAACUUUAUAUAUCCGUGGAUGGUGCCCAAAACUCUAAGAAUGUCCAUUCCUCUCUCCCCCUCCUAAACGAGGAGGUGCCCCCUCUCCACCUGCCCGCCCAUCAUUCUUCAACACCCCCUCCCCCACCUCUCCCUCUACCUGGCAAGGAGUUGUCUCAAAGAUUUUGCUGCUGGUGCGGUGAAGAGGAUAGAGAAGUAGGCGAAGGAUUACAUAUAUGGUUUGAUUUCUUGUUUUAUUUUUGUAGCGAUAUAAGUUUUCCUGAACGAAGACAAGGAAAAGAUAGAGAAAAAAGAAGAUAGAGAGCUCGUUCAAAAUUUGUGGAAGAGAAAGAGAGAAGAGAAAAUUUUAAUUAAUAUGUUUUUGUAACUUUCUAAAAUGUAAUUUAUUAAAGAGUUAUAAGUAUAAUAUGCCCCUCUACUAUGCAUUUUUAUCAAACAUGCCCCUUUGCAAUGUUUUACAUCAGAAAUACCGCUUUAUUUUGAAAUCAUAAUCAAACAUGCCUCUAUAUUGAAAUUUUCAUCCAUAAACUAUUAAACUGGUC